CAAAGAUUGAACAUUUUCUCGUUCAACUUAAACUGCGCCUUCCUCUACGUUACAAUUACAGAGUCUUUCGUUUGAUCUCCUCAAUUUCUUGGAGCUUCAAUACGUUCAGUCAUGGCCGAGAUUGAGCUGAAAACAGCACCUGCUGACUUCCGAUUCCCUACUACAAACCAAACCAGGCACUGUUUCACUCGUUACAUUGAGUUCCACAGGUGCCUGACAGCAAAGGGUGAGGAGUCUGGUGAAUGUGAGAGAUUUGCAAAGUACUAUCGUGCUCUUUGCCCUGGUGAAUGGGUCGAUAAAUGGAAUGAGCAGAGGGAGAACGGCACUUUCCCCGGCCCUCUUUGAACGAAUGUUGAUUGGCCAGAAAGCACAGAUUGUGAAUUUAUGCUUGUUCUCAAGUUCUAUCAAAAAACUGUUUGGGAGUUCCAUUGUUUUUCAUUGCAUCUGAGAGAAUAAUAAAGGAUAGUCAUUUUGUUUCAUGUCUUUCUUGGGUAGUUAUGGCUCAAUUGUUGAUUGUGGACAGGCUGAAUUGAUCCCAAUGCCCCUUGCCAUUUCUCGAUCCUUUCUCGUCCAUUCGACUUCUGUUCAGAUCGUUUUCAAUCUUCUGUGUAAUUAGAUCUUUAUACCAACUUAAUCUGCAUUAUUUUAUUGUUGGUUUCUGAA